AUGGCAAACUCUAGCAACCGACCCGGCCAUGGCCAGGAGGACUAUGGCGAGGAGUGGGCCCGGGAUCUGCGCGUCCAAUUCGAGCAGCUGCUACGAUCGAAGCGCUUACACGACUUCGAACAAUCACGAGCCGCUCGGCCCCGACGAGAUGAGCGAGCCUCGUCGACAAACACAAGAGUCCCGUCAGCGACACCAUCCAGCAGGCCCUCCACGUCGUAUGGCCAGAGUUCCCGCUCAGCUGCGACACCGCCUUCUUACUCUUCACUGCGCCAUCUUCCCAUAAUACCGACGCCACCCGCACCGAAUGACCAGGCCUCCCAGAGGUUUCGGACCCUCCUGGUGUCUUUGUCACUGACACCGACCAAAUACGAAAAUCCUGGACUACUUGACGAGGCCCUCCAGACGAUACCAUUAGAUCGGAUAUAUAGCGAAGCCGAGGAAGAGACUCAAGUGCUCCAAGCCCAGGCCGAAAGUAUGGGCGACGGUCGCAAGCCCGAAUGGGGAUACCAGGACUGCGUGGUUCGGGCUCUACUAAGAUGGUUCAAGCGGUCCUUCUUCACAUGGGUCAACAAUCCUGCUUGCCCGGUCUGUCUAUCGCCGACGGUCGCAAAAGGCGCGACACAGCCGACACCAGAAGAGAGCGCGUGCGGAGCAUUGAGGGUCGAGCUCUACGAAUGUUCGAACCAGUCAUGCGGCGCCUACGAGCGAUUUCCACGGUACAGCGACGUGUGGCGUCUGCUGCAGACGAGACGAGGCCGCUGCGGGGAGUGGGCGAACUGCUUCAGCAUGCUGUGCCGCGCCGUUGGUGGCCGUGUACGCUGGGUAUGGAACGCGGAGGAUCACGUCUGGACCGAAGUCUACUCAGAACAUAAGCAACGAUGGAUACACGUCGAUGCGUGCGAAGAGGCUUGGGACAACCCGCGACUCUACACCGACGGUUGGGGCAAGCAGAUGUCAUAUUGCAUUGCUUUCAGCAUAGAUGGCGCGACGGACGUCACACGUCGAUACGUACGGAAGAGUGAGCAUGCUCGGGAGAGAAGCAAAUGUCCUGAAGAGGUCAUGCUCUAUAUCAUGCAAGAGAUCAAGAAUAUCCGGCGCGCCAAUCUAGGCAAAGACGCCCGGUUUCAAUUAGAGAAGGAAGAUUCGAGAGAAGACCGCGAGCUUAGGGGCUACGUCGUUGCCUCGAUUGCACAAGCCGUAACGCGUAUGGUCCCCGGUGCGUCCAGCUCGACAAGCACCCUUCCUAGACGGCCCGCCGUCCCAAGUCCGGCCUCUUCCUCGAGCGAUGACCAAAAGCUACCGGCUGAGCAGCCCGGACGACAGAGCGGUAAUGCCGAAUGGGUUGCUGCUCGCGGGGAGGCUGGUCGACGCAACCAACAGUUUCAAGAUCCGAGAGAACCCCCACGGAGAUAA